AUGGGUCACCAGGGUGGUUUAAACAUGCUCUUUAUUCGCGAAUGCAAAGUUAGGCUCCAAGUAAUAGCUUCCUAUUUGUAUUCCACGCGAGCUGGCCCAUUAGCCCGGGAAAUUUAAUCAUCGCGAUACCUCUAUUGCAACGAACAGAUGAGACUACGUCGAUGUUCCGUCGAAGGGACAUCGGUUCAGUGACUUUGUUCUGAAACUACAUUCUUACGGUCUUUUCUCGCGUGAUUUCCUCAACUCUGUUUUGAAACCAAAAUGAUUAUUUAAUUGACGUGAGAUCGUCCAAUAAAGAUACUGCCUUCACAAUUAUUAUAUCAGUACUCGGAUACUAAAAAGUUCGAAACUGUGUUACGAAUUUCGUACAUUUAGACUUCUUUUCAAGCUCGAAGCUUCUACUUUCGAAAUGCAUCGUCCAUUUUAUUUUAAGAUAUACUUUUGCAGUACAGGGACACACACCAAGUGCGAUUUUUACAAAUAUUUUUAUCACAAGUAUAAUUAUCAUUAGCGAUAUUUAAAAUAAAUUGAAGGGAAAAUUAGAGAAGAGAGCUAUAUUUCCUGCGAUUCUUGGCGAAGGAUUGACCGAUCGUUUUUGCUUUCAGAAGAUGGGCUCUGUCCAUGGCGAGGAAUUGCCAUUCGUGUUCGGGGCGCCAUUGGUGGACGGUUUCGGUCACUUUCCCAGAAACUACACCAGAUCUGAAGUGGCACUCUCCGAGAGCAUCCUACAGUACUUCGCCAACUUUGUCAGAACUGGCUAGAUUCGGUGUAUCGUUAUAAAAAGAAAAUUCCAAUCUUUGAAUUCCUGCUGAUUCCAGUUCUGAAAGAAAUGUUCCAAUGCUUGAAUUCUUACAACCUUCCGAGAAUAAAGUACUUUCCCCACCUGUUACGUGGCGUGAAAACAACCUCGAAGAAAACUGGAAAAACUCACAGGAUUGUCAAAGUAAUAGCACCGCGCCUCGAAAUAAACUCGAAUAAAUUGUUACGUAAAUUUUCUCUUUAAGAAGUUAUAA